GUCAUGGAAAAGCUAAUCUUCUUCUUCUCUCUUCUCCUCCUUAUACUUUCCCCUGUUUUAGUAUCAGGUGAUUGUACAUGUGAUACUGAAGAAAACAAGGGUGUUAACAGCAAACAUGAAGCACUUAUGUACAAGAUAGGUGCUAUAGCUUCAAUUCUUUUGGGAGGUGCAGUUGGUGUUUGUAUUCCUGUUUUAGGGAAGAGAUUUCCGGCGUUACGACCGGAAAACGACAUUUUCUUUAUGGUGAAGGCUUUCGCCGCCGGAGUGAUCCUUUCGACGGGGUUCAUACAUAUAUUACCUGAUGCAUUUGAGCAAUUAACAUCUCCUUGUCUCAAUCAAAGCUUAUGGGGGGAUUUUCCUUUUGCGGGUUUUGUUGCAAUGGUUUCUGCAAUUGGGACUUUAAUGAUAGACACUUUUGCUACUAGUUACUUUAGAAGAUCAUACUUUAAUAAGGCUAAACCAGUUAACUCAGAUGAAGAGAACGGUGAAGUUCAUGUUCAUACACAUGCCACACAUGGUCAUUCACAUGGGUCGUCGGCUAUUGUCGCCGGCGGCGGUGAAUCAGAAGUUAUCCGGCAUCGUGUCAUAUCUCAGGUUUUGGAGUUGGGGAUUGUGGUUCACUCUAUAAUCAUAGGGAUUUCAUUAGGUGCUUCUGUAAGUCCUAAUGUGAUAAAGCCUCUGUUUACAGCCCUUACUUUCCACCAGUUCUUUGAAGGCAUGGGACUAGGUGGAUGCAUCACACAGGCAAGAUUCAAGAGCAGAGCUGUUGUAGUUAUGGCACUUUUCUUCUCCCUUACUACUCCAGUUGGGAUUGCAAUAGGGAUUGGGAUAACGAAUGUUUACGAUGAAAAUAGUCCGACCGCUCUCAUCGUCGAAGGGGUUCUUGAUUCUGCUGCGGCCGGUAUUUUGAUUUAUAUGUCACUUGUGGAUCUACUUGCAGCUGAUUUCAUGACUCCCAGGAUACAAGGCAAUCUAAGGCUUCAGAUAGGGGCACAUAUAUCUCUUCUCUUGGGGGCUGGUUGUAUGUCUGUUUUGGCAAAAUGGGCUUGAGCUGUUAAUAUGUGGGCUUUCUGUGGGAUGCCUUUUUUUUUUUUAUUAUUAACUUUGAAGGUUUUGUUUUCCGUCAACCCUUAUGAAAUUUACAUUUUUUUUUUUAAAA